UCGAUUUUCUCACACCAUACAAAGCGCCGUGAUAUAUCAGAUUACUCGCUAACCACGGUGUAGACAUCCCUCAAUGCUCUGCACCAGCAAAAACUACGUUAUCAUAUAGCCUUGCUCUAGAUGUCGUGCUUUUUGUACGGAACAAAUAGUCGAAAACAUUUCUUAAUACAACAAACAUAAUAAAUAUGUGAAUGUCUAAAUAAACAAAUGCCGAAACGGACAUCGCUGAAACAAACAAAAAAUAAAAGAAAUAAAAAAAACGUUCAAAUAUGAAUAUCAAUUUAAAACAGGAUCGAAGUUUGCCACAGAUUUUCUAUCGGACCAAAUACCGUUAAGAUAUGAUUCUUCAUAGUGACAUGCACACUAACCCCACGGUAACCUCGGCCCUGGCGGUGUCGGAGUCUAAGCGUGCGAUCUUGAUAAGAAAGCAGGGGGUAUUCUGUCACCCUGUCUCACGCAGUCGCCACCCCUUGUCGCUUGUAACCAUAACAACGUGACCAGGUACUCACGAGGAUACUGAGAUGGCAUGGGAUGUCAGUAGAUGUACCUUCCAUGGCAAAAGCAGAUUCAACAUGAUGCUUACUUCUGGGGAGAACACGACACGGGAAGAUGGCAGCGGUUACAAGUAUGACUCGGGCCACCCCGACUUUUACCGAUGCCCUGUCUCUACUCCCGCCAACAACAGCAAACGACCAUUGGAGGAUUAUGAUCCAAUAACAAACACGAUAGCACCGGAACUGCAUGAAAAGAAGUCGGUGAUUGGCUUCUCCCGACCGUCAGUCAGCAGGAACAGAACACGUGACGUCCAGAAACCAAUGAGAAAGAACGUUGAGUAUUACUUCGUAGACAAACAUGUGCAGCAACACGAAGCUAAGCAAACGAACACAUUUUGGUUACAGUCACUGUGUGCCCAGCCAGUGACGGAGAUUCUUGGGAAGUACAGGCGGAAGUCAGACUUUCAAAGAACUCGGUACAUGUGGUCCAAGACGUUCUCGACCCCGGGGGAACGAGCCUUGCUGGAGGCUUGGAGCACCAACACUGGCCCUUCUCACCGUGUUGCCACAUCAAUGGGGAUGAAAGCAGCAGGAAGACAAAUAUUGACAUACUCUAGAGAAAUUAAAGUUAGUACCGAACCAUCUGUUGUGUCCUCUGCAAAGUCCACGAUCUCACGGAGAACGGAAGUAGAUGGCAGUGCUGAUGAGUUACGUCCACUUCCUAGAUCAACAUCCGGUUGUGCACGUGAUCAAUCUAAACGAGCGGCUCGAACUGUUACCCAAGAUUCCCCCAUGGUCAGAAUUGAUACUGGUGACGGUGACGACGUUAAGACGUCCAACAUGGCGUUGAAUGACGGAACAGACGGACUGCCUCAGCUAUCAGGUAAACAGAGUCGACGGAAAGGGCAGAUUGUUCUUCAACAGCGGAAGUACUUCAGCGGUAACCGGAAGCAUCCCGCUAUACCUCAUGUCCAAACGCUGAAUCCAGUCAAAACUGAGGACAUUGCUAAAACUCCUGACGUCAUUUGUCUCAUACCUUCUCAACGGUCUGUGUCACCCUUUGCAACGCCACGUAACAUGGUUCAAUCACGUGAUUCACCUUCACGGGCACGUGAGAGAGUUGGGUCGGCGCACUCAAUGUCCGACAUUGACAAAACACAGGUGAAGUUUCCGCUUAUUGUCAGCACAAGGACUGACACAGGAGCCUCAGAACAGGGAUAGAGUCGUUCGUAUGCACAACAUUUUGCAAUCAGAAUCACUGAUCGUUUACAUGUGGAUCCUUGUAUUUGAGCAUUUUCAGACGAAGUGACACCUGCACCAGAGUGUGAAUAUAUGUUGU